UCGAUGUGUAGAUGUUUCUGGAUAUGCACUGUGUCCUUCCGUUGUCCCGUGAUGACGAACUUUUAACUUCAUUGUGACUCAAGACAUGAUUUGAGGAUUAUAUCUUUCCUAUGAUGCGAACAUUGGCCAGUACAGUUGCGAUGGUACUGUUUCUGUCCAAUGUGUACGUAGGAUGGUCACUUACAACUUCGGGCAGGUGAUUGACUCGUACGUUGCUGCUGUAUUUCCUGAAUCUGAUGACCAUUACAACCUUCUGAAAGAUAGCAAUGAAGAUGUUGCUACUGAGGAGAAGCCUGAGGUGCCUCGUUGGCAUACUAUAUUGCAGUGUCUUCAGGCUACAUUGUUGAUAGCGACAUUGAUUGCCCUUGGUACAUAUGCACUGCACGUGCGUUCCUCUUAUUUUUCCACAUUAAUUCAACGUGCUGGUCUCAAAGAGCCUGUAUCUUUGACUGAUGAGGGUUAUGUUAAAUUUCUAACCAAGUUGGACGAGGUGAAGUCAAGUGCUAAUGUCGAUGCCGGUACAAUCCAGCUCUUUGACUUGGAACUUCAGCACGGUAGUGACACGUUUGGUUAUAGUGACAUAACGACGCGUCGUGAUGUUGCAUAUUGGCUUCAAUUCGGCCUGAUUCCUACUUUAUAUCGCGGUUUGAAAUCAUACAACACCUUGAUUGGUAGCACAGUUCGUCUAUCAUUUAUCUACAAUGGCGAUACUGGAAAAACUGGUGAACUAAAUCCCGAUGAGAAUAUUGUGUCUCGUACUGCUUUAAUGUCUACAUUCCCUUUAGGUGGCGACGAUGAUUUGAAUGAGAAGGUUGAGGACGGUAUAUCCGGUAUUGACAAAAAUGAGGAUGAGGAUGUGGAAUUGGUAGUGAACGAUUCUUCUGGUGAUCCAAAGGAGAGGCUGCCAGAUGUAAAUACUAAAUCUCCUUAUAUUUCGAAGAUCCCAUUCGCUUCUGACGGUACUCAUCACACAGACUCUAGUACAGGUGGUCGUUUUAUGUACGUCAGUGGUGACUCGUUUGAGGAUUUUAUGAACACUUUAAACUUUGGUGAGCAGUACUCAUCUAGGUCUCCUUACUUCCCAUUAUGUUCCAUUCUGUCGGACCUUAAUACCACUGCUGUUACACUUGAGGCCUUUACUGGUAACGCCACUGACUACACUAUGACACACAUUCGUGUUCAUUUUGAAUUUAUAUUAGGUGCCAAUGGUGACACUAGCAUAAAGAAGGUUUCGAAGGCUUCGUCUAUAUCAACUCCACGUGACAAUCUCACACGUCGCAUUCAGCUAGGUAUAUAUAUCCUCGUUGUGCUUAUUACGGUGUUCUAUUUCUACCACAGUUACUGCAUACACCGUGGGUAUAAAGUUUACAGAUGGAAGGGGAUGUACGUCCUUGAUGGCCUUGCUAAGUUAUGUUUGUUAAUUUGCCUAAUUGCUUAUACCUUUAGGCUUUAUAUGGGUCAUUCAUCGGGUCCGUAUAUCCAAUCGGUUUCCGACAGUAACGGUGACUACAAUUUGAUUGCUACCUUAGGGCGCAACGGUAGAAUACUUGAUGCGGACUUACUUGAAGUUAUGUUUAACAAUUUACGGUCAACUAUUAAAAAGGGCUAUGUUAGCACGGGAUUAUUUCAGAUGAUGACAUUUUGGACAAUUACGUUAUUGUUUAUCUUAUGUUGUGCCAGUCUUAUUGGCGGCGGUCGUGCUGGUAAGGUUUUAAUUUUUUGGGCUCAUCACUCGAUGUCUCAAUUCCUGAUAGCCUGUUUCGCCGUUUUGUUUACAUUGUUCAUGAUGUCAGCCGUUAACGCUUACCUUGUGAAUUCUGUUGAGAAGAACAAUGCGAGUUUUCGUUAUAACUUUGCAACAUUGUUUAACAUCUUGGCGGGUGUUUCAAACGAUCGUGUGGAUGAAUACGUGCAGAACACCGGGUUCAUGCAUACGGUUUCGAUUUUAGUUUUAAUUGGUGUCUUUACAUACUUUGGUAUUAUUGUUUUGGCUACUUUAAUGCUUACUGCAAAUCCUGAGCACCGGAUUCGUAGCUUUGAAUUCAUUCCUCUGAGGAAUCCGUUUGACUCAUCUCGUUGGCACCGUAUUAAAAUGCUUAUUGAGCGCAAGUUUGGAUUCUUGUCAAUGAACAACCGUCGCAUGAUAUUGCGUGAGCUUGUUUUUUCUCGCCGUAGGCGUGCUGCAUCUGACGGUGCAAAUACUUCCUCGGGACAAUCUGGUUCUAAAGGAGUGGCUACCGGGAGCCCUGCUGGCGGUGUUGAUACUGCCGCGGCUUCAAUGGAAGCAGAGACCGUCAAUCUGGAGCCGCCAGUUAUUAAUGGCAAUAAUCAAAGGGAGCAGCAUUGUGUUGAUGUAUCUGGUGAUGGUGAUAACAAAGGUUCUCCUAAGAUCCCCUUUGGGUUAGAUGGCCUUAAUAUCAGGUGGUCUUUUAACUAUAGAUUCCGGAAUGAUGUCCGUACUUAUCGCAACAUUUUAUAUUGGCUCAUUUUAGUUGGUAUCCUUGUCUUUGGGUUUAAAGAUUGGCGUUAUCACAACUCUCGCAAGCUUUUACAGCAGACGUUGAAGGAUCGUAUAAAGACGGAUAUUUCGGACCUUCCACCUUUGUUCGCUAGUUUAAAUCACACUGCUGGGGACAAAGCACUUAAACCUGUACCUGAUGUUAAGUUAGAAAAGCCGAAUGGGCUGACACCUGAAGUUGAACAGGCAACUGUGAUAUCGCCAUCCAUGGGCCAAGAUAUACCCCGUGUGUCUAAUAGCGAUACAAAUACAUUGUCAAUACAGACAGCAAAUCAGUUGGAUGCUGAACCUGGGGAACAUUCUCGUUCCAAUGUAGAUGCUCCAGAGUCAAGUGGCGGUUCAGACGGACCUAGGGUCAACCAAGCAAUGCAGCCUUCAUACGGCGUAAAGGCGAUUGUACCAAAGUUACACUUCAGUCCUAGACGCAUAAUAUCUCGUCAGGAGGUGUUUCGCUGGAUGACGGACGGCGGUUUGGCAUCUAUGUUCCAAUGGGUCCAGUUUGAUAAUGACAUGUUCCACUCAGCGACUGAAAAUCCAGAAUUCAUGUCAGUUAACAAACGCUUUUUUGCUGUUCCCGCUAAUAAUCCGAUCUUUAUUGAAUUCAAGUUACAUUCUGCUGAUGGCUUUAAAAGUCCCAUUUUUUCCAAUAUGACUCACGAUCUUGGUAAGCUUACAGUUCGUGGUGUGAUUCAUUCUGAACCCAUAUCAUUGGGUCUAAGGGAAGUAUUUGGCAAAGGCGCCACCGACUUCCCUGAUUGUGUACGUAAGGUGUAUAUCCAUCUGCUCUUGGUGGACCGAAACGCCGACUGUAAGCUUUACAAUACCAGGAUACGCUUUGACCUUGGUAAAUCUGGCAUGGUCUUAUUAAGGCUCAGCGUCAGGAGUGUGGUGGGCGUGCAUUUAACUGCUCGAUACUGGAACAUCGCUUUUAUAGUGGUCACUACUGUAUCAUCACUGUUGCUACUACUAUUUGCUUGGUGGAUCUAUAAAGACUUUGUUUCCUUCAGGUUCAAUUACUGCAGGCACCACCGUAUUAGCCCCAAAGGCCGCUUUUGGCAUUGCCUGAUGGUCUACUUCGUGAACGAUUACUUGAGGUUAAUACACUUUUGGAUACUAUCAUUGAUUGCUGUUACCUGUGUGAUGUACUAUAUAAUUCACGACAAUACAAAUGCAGUAUAUCGCAAUAUCAACUUGAUAUCUACUUUAGAGGGCCGUUUGGUUGUACAAAAUGCUCUUUGGCAUAUUCGUGCGGUCCACUUAUUACUUUGGUAUGUAUUGGGUACUCUUUGUACACUCAUUCUAUUGGUUCAAUUCAACAUGUUACAAGUAUUAGUCCAAGUAAUCUUCGUCUGCAUCACAUUUGCUUUUACGAUGUACAUGCUAGUAUUCUUGGCCUUGUUUGUACUAGCAAUCACGUUUCUGUUCGUCAUUUUGAUCUUCGCUGCAGACUUAUAUGAUGAGCUAUCUCGUGACGAGAAUUUUGUUUUAGGUGGUUUACGUUUACUGGUGGGCCAAUCUAAAAUACCAUCCCACGUUUAUGAGAGCAACCCUGUAAUUAUGUUAAUAUAUCCCUUAUGCAAGCUGUUGGAGCUGUUUUUGGGUAAUUUACUAUUUGUCUAUUUAUGGUCCAUAUGGCCUAAAGAAGAUGACAAGGAGGCGGAAGCAUUAGACAAGACCUACGAGAUGUUUAGGUCGGAACCUAUUGAGGAAUGUGAGAUAUCUGAUGGCGUCGCUAGCCUUACGCAAGUGGCUCCAGAUCAGCUUGACUUGAUUCCCAAUGAAAUUAAGGAAUACUGUGCUGAUGAAGCUAUCAAGUUCCAUGAAAUGUUUCGUCAAUUUAACGAGGAGCUGACUUCAUCGGGGCUAACCAAAGUGGAGUAUUUGAUGCAGUUGGAAAACCGGUUGGCAAAACAAACACAUGAAAUGCUAACCCAUUGCCAGUCUUUGGAGUUAGAGCUCGAAGUACUGAGCAAAGCGUGCAACAAGGCUGAGGGAGAGGAUAACGACGAGUUGGAAACUGCGAUAUCGCUAUUGGAAGCCACGGUAGCUGACAAGAAGAACGAACUUGAUGCUAUAUACGCCAAGUAUAAGAGUAUUAUGGACCAAGAAGAUAACGAAGCAAGGAAUAAUGUAGAUUAAGUUACUUUAUAUACUACGUA